AUGAACAGGAUCGAGAGCGCUCGCCUGCGGUGCAUCGCGAUGCGCUUGUUGAACGGCCCAGCCGGUGCUGCAAGUUCGCGGCCAGGGGGAUACAAGCAGGCGCAGAUCACACGUGCACGCGAGACUCGAGCAGUGUGCCGUUCGCUACUCAUGGGCGGCACGCGGAGGGCGCGCAUCGAACUAAGGUCGCUGUGCGUGCGCGCGGAAAAGAGCCCUGACGGCGACGAGGGGACGCAAACUGCUGCGCGCGGUGUGCAUGCGCGGGCGCGCAUCAAGCGGCGGUAA